AUGAAGUCUAUUCCAAUACUCGCCCUCUCUGCGGGCCUAUUCGACGUAGCUUCCGGCUGCGGCGCUCACCUCCUCGCCAGAGCCAUGGAAGCCCGCGGCCCCAACGACUGUGUUGGCGGCACCGCACCACCAAGCAAGACUUUUGCCAUUACAAACGCGCAAAUCUUCAACGGAGUGGGCUUUGGUGUCCCCCAAACUGUUCUUGUGAAUGGUGGUAAAGUCGCUCUUGUCGGCGGGUCUGCUCCGCCUGGUAUUCAGGUCGUUGAUGGAAGGGGCAAGUUCUUGACUCCUGGUCUUAUCGACGGUCACGUUCACCCACAGAGUUGCGAAGCCUUGAGCAAUCUUACCGCCUAUGGUGUGACUACAGCCGUCAAUAUGGCUUGUUUGAAUUACACUGCCUGCGCGCAGCUCAAGCACCAGGCCGGUGUGGCGGACUACAUCACAGCCGGGUUCUUCGCCGUCGGACCGAAUAGUCUGCAUGCUCAGUUCUUCGGCGUGCCGCCAGACCAAACUCUUCAACCUGGCGCUGACUUGAACAAGAAUGUGGACUAUGUAUUUGGCAAUGGCUCAGACUUUUACAAGAUUGUCGCCGAGGAUAACGGCCCGACGCAGGACCAGCAGAACAGUCUUGUCAAGAUUGUUCGAUCUCGCGGCAAGGCGACUUACACGCAUGCCUCGUAUUUAUCUGCCUUUGCCCAAGCAAUCAUCUCCAAGUGCGAUGGUAUUCAGCACGUCCCCGCGAAUGGCACCCUUACUAGCACACAAGUCAAGCAAAUCGUGUCUCAGGGACAAUUUGUCACGCCGACAAUGGAAGUCUUUCGAUUUGCGUUUGCGAAUCCCGCGCUAGGUCCUCUGCUGGGACUCACACCCGCGGAUACAUAUGCCAAUGUGCAGGCUAACGUCGCGGCCCUGCACAAAGGGGGCGUCCCGCUGGCCGUUGGAACAGAUGCCGUUGGCAAUUUGGGGGGUAUUAUCAACUUUCCCUUUGGACAGUCUCUGCACUGUGAGUUGCAGAAUCUGGUGGCUGCGGGAUUUGGCAACGCCGAGGUUUUGAAGGCGGCUACGUCUGGGACUGCGAAGCUUUACAAGCUCAUGGACCGGGGGAACAUUUCUAUUGGCCAGCGAGCGGAUCUUGUGCUGUUGAAUAGUAAUCCGCUUGCUGAUAUUGCGAAUACGUUUGAUAUUAACAGGGUUUGGGUUGGGGGAGCAGAGGUUACCAGGAUUUUGAGCACCAAGGGGCAGACUUGUUAG